AUGGCUUCACCAGACGGAAAUAACCCAUCGCGACUCAAGCCCCGCUCCCUCAGAGUGGGCUUUUUCAACCUUAAUGGUUUACGAGGCCAACGAGCCAAACUCUCGGAUUUUGUUCGUGAUCAUAAAUUGGACGUCUUCCUCCUCCAGGAAACGUUCCUAAAACCCUCCCAACGCAGUCCCAAACUUCCCAAUUUUAAUCUCGUGCGAAACGAUCGCACCAAAGGCCCUAAAGGAGGCACUCUCAUUUAUUACAAAAGGUCCCUGCAUUGCAUACCUCUCGACCCCCCCGAAAGCGUGAGCAACAUUGAGGCUUCGGUGUGCAGGCUUUCUAUGACAGGACACCCGCCGAUCACUUUGAUCUCGGCCUAUCUCUCACCCAGUAAGGAGCUUCACUCCAACGAACUUGUAACCCUACUCAGCAUGGGGGAGUCCGUCCUUCUGGCGGGCGACCUUAACGCCAAGAACACUCUCUGGAACUGCAACUGUACCAAUGGUAGGGGUGCGGCACUCGAGAGCUGUCUUGACGAAAUUGACAUGAGUAUUCUGGUUCCUUCUGAACCCACCCACUAUAGCUUCAUAGACGAUAGCUACAGACCAGACAUUUUAGAUAUAGCACUCGUAAGGAACGUGUGUCUCAACGUGCGUUCCCUGCGAGUGUUACACGAGUUAGACUCUGACCACAGACCUGUGAUCCUAGAUCUAGCCCCCCAUAACGGUCCUCUGACACAGGUCCUAACGAUCAGCUCCGAGAGGGUGCCCGAGACCGGCAACGGGCAAGGACAACUGCCCGAUGACGUGAGGUGGGUGCUGAGGAGGCGAAACGCAGCACUAAAAGCCUGCGUAUCUGAUCCCUCCCCGGAUCGACGGCGUCUUGCGCGUUACCUCCAACGUGAGGCCAGACGUCGCAUACAAGAGGCCGUCGAUUCGAGGUGGGAACAGCACUUGUCGGAAAUCAAACCGACCCACACGGCUUUUUGGAAGCUGUCUCAAAGCUCGCUCGCAUCUACCCACGUAGACCACGAUCAUCUUGUUGCGGUAGACACAUUCGUCGAAAGUAGGAACGCGAUCCUUCCACCGCCUAUUCCGCGACCGUUCCAAACAAUCGACCCGGACGUCGACGCGCCUCUCGACUCCCUCGCGCCGGUGACGAUUGAAGAAGUCGUCGCUCUGAUCAAGGCCGCCGCCGACCAACUCGGCGAGUGGUUUCGCAAAUGGCGCAUCACAGUCAACUCCUCCAAAAGUCAAGCUAUCCUUUUCUAUAGGAAGUUUCAGAAAGAAGCGCCUAACGCUUCAGUUAGAUUGUCUGGCCAGAUCAUCCCUUGGACCAGUAAGGUCAAAUGGGUGUGUACCUUGAUCAGAGGUUGA